AUGGAAGACCCACUCUUAAGGGAUCUAUCUCCUCUGGAGGAACGAUCUUUAUCCCUGACUGGUUCACUCGGUUUGGCAAUAGUUGACAGUUUUCGCAAGCGAGCGUAUCGUAUAGAUGUUCACAUUUUGCCUUAUUUCAUGGCCUCUCAUUAUAGUGAAUUUUGCGAUGUUGCCCUUCAAUUUUUCGAUAGAGAAAUACCUAGUGGCUGUGUGCUCGAAUUAUAUGUCCACCAUGGUUUUGCGGUUCAAGUGCACGACUUUCUCACCAAAAUCGGAUACGUCUUGACUCCACGAUGGGGCAAUGGCUUUGCCGACGUCAAUUGUAUGCUAGCCGACAUGGUUCGAAGUGUUUGGGAUGAGUUCCCUUCUAGGAGACCGCCCAGUUUCUCAGAUCCUGGCAUUGUAGGCGUCUUCCCCUACCAAAAUGCAGACGGAGCAUGGAUCGAAGUCAGGACAAUGAUGUUUUGUGCUCUCCAGGCCGUUUUGAACUUUCCUGCUACAUGCAUUAUGAACAUCAUAACAUAUGCCCAUGCAGUAUCUUUGUAUCCCCACACAACAUUCAUCGAACACGUGGCCUUCUGA